AUGAAGUCUGCUGUUGUUCUUGCAGUUUUUGUGAUAUUUUGUUGCUGCGAUGCCUUUGGUAUCAACACAGUGCCAUCUCUGAAUGUUACCCAAUAUCUUGGCCGCUGGUACCAGGUAGUUUAACGAAACGUAAAUGUGUGCUUGAAAAACCUUUGUAUCUGUGUAUUUAGGUGCUACACAGUGUACUUUAGUAUACGUGAGGAGUUUGAAAAUGCUCAAUUCAAAUUGCUUGCAAUCAAUGUUUUAUUUUUCUGAGCACAAAUCAAACCACUGCAGCACGUACGGUUACGUAAUACAUGGGUAGUGUCACGAACUGCAAAUUUAGUAGAUAUCACAAUCCCUGCGAUAGAGUGAGAGCUGCCAUUCAUUCUGGAGAUAUCAAUAUCGAUGGUGCAACUUUAGAAAUGUGUUUCUGGUCUCUCCGCUAAUUUGUGAUGAUUUCAUACAGAAUGAUUCUCAGCGAGGAUAAGAAUGUCAAUAAUCACGUAAAAUCCUAUCUCUCAUGACACUUCCAGAGAAUUAAUCCCCUUAAUGUGAAAAGCUAAACCGAGGAGAAACUAAAUCAUUCAGAAAGGGUCAAUUGGAUCUUGAGGACAGAGAGUUUGCGAUGAAUUUAUGUAUAAUUAACAAUAAAUAUUUCAGCUCAAUACGGCGCAUCACUUAGUCAAGAAGCGUGUAGAAUCAUAUCCUAGGGGGGAAGGAAGUGAAUCGCUACAAUAACGUGAACUGCCGAGAGGCGCCCGACACCCGGGGAAGGGUGGGGACAAGGCCUUAUUUGGCCUAAAUAGAGUAUGGUUUUUGACCUCUUGGAUCUUAAACAGGCUACAGAUUUUCACUCCUACGGUAUAUAGGACUAGGCGGGGAAGGGAAGGGGGGGGGGGAUGGGCGUUAAAUGGUUAUAAAGAUGUUUCUUGUCCUAAACAGGGUAGCGAAACUUUUCGGAUUUUGUCAUAAACAGGGCAGGGGUUCAUGGUGUCAACGGCAAACCCCCGUCCAACUUUCACUGAAAUACCACCCGGAGGAUUUUACUAAUUGAGGUAAAUUAAGGGGCAGGGAAAUCUGUCAUUAUGGUAUUUAAACGGGCGUUUAACAGUUUAACACAAAUUUUCGAAAUGAAAGACACCUUCCGGUAAUGCUCCCGCAAUAUCGUUCAUCAUUUUUCAGGGUUUUGAAAAGGGCUUUUAAAAGUAGGAACUUGAAAGAGGCUCCACUUUACAAUCGAGAAGAGCAAUGAAUAUUGCUUCAAGGCAUACCUGUACUAUGUUUUGUUUUUGCAGAUGUAUUCUGAUGCCGCAGUUAUGAGCACGUUUGAACGUGAUGCUGUUUGCGUGACAGCUGAUUGUGAGUAGCCAGCUUGUUGUAGCCAAAGUGUGAGAGAAUGGAAUUUGUGGUAGCCUGUCACUGGCCUGUGUACGCCUACCUCUCCCCUUAAAAAAGGCACAAAGGCUGGGAUUGGGGAGGGGAUGGUAUUAGAACACUAGUGCUGAAAUAGCUUGAUGACAAUUUGUAUUUCCUGUUUGAACACAUCGGUAUACUAUAAAUUAGGGGCAGCUAGUAGGGACGACUACAUUUUCUGAAGGGGGCCAUAAAUGGCCUUUUCUUUUCCGAAUCCCGCUACUAUUUCAUCCAUUUCCUUUCUUUUUCUUGGUCUUAUUUGGUGUGCUGAUAAUUACCAAAAGUCCACAUUCGGAUGAUUGACCUUUGAACAGCUUCAUCUGAACUUGCGUCACCGACGGGUAACCGCGAUCAAACAGAAAAUCUAACUUGUGAACAGAAUACGUCUAAUUAACGCUUUUCACACUAGGGUUUUCUUUGGGGAUAAUUUUCUCUCAUUUAUAAACAUAUAAAUACUUUUCAAUGUCUCUGAAGACGCAAGGCUCAUAACUCGAGCUAACGUAUAAUCCUUCAUAAGUGCGUCCUAUCCAAUGAAACGGAACAUACACCAGUCAAGCAAGCAUUCUUUGCUCUACCGACUAUCCAAACAGAGUUUGUUUCCCACGUAAGCACUGAUUUAUUUGCUUAUUUCUUAGUUUCUUUAAAUUAUGUCGACAACUAAUCCUAUCUUCUUGGCUUUCAAAAACCCCCCUUAAAUCACCUCAUAUAUAUUAGUGGCCUGUUUUAGGCGUUCAGAUAAUUGGGUGCGACGCGAAGUUAAGAAAGUGGGAAAAAGUAGAGGUGGACUGAGGAGAGCUCUAGAUUCAUCUGUCCAAAAGUAAGGCGGGGGUUUUAACUGACUUAAAGAGCAUAAAUAAAGAUUUUUUUUGUCCGCAUAAAAUGUUAGAAGGUUCUGAAUUCACAGCAAAUAUUCUGUUUGAAUUCGUAGCUCUUGCUUUUAUCACAGACACUUCAACAGCGAAAUUAAGUUGUUAAACGCAUAGCUUUCCACUUUAACUAUUUAUCACGUGAUCCCUCAUGGGCAAUAGGUAAUCGAAGAUCGCUGGUAUAUAUAUUAAAUGGUAGGUCGUUUGACACCGUCUCUGUUCGGUUCAGGUUGUCUCCUUCCAACAAAGAAUUAAAUGUGGAGGUUACAAAUCGUAACAUUGUUGCUUUUGUUUAGAUUCUCUUCGAAAAGACGGCAAGAUCGGUGUCCUGAACAGUGAAAGGCUCAAAACAGAAACUGGUGAAGGAAAGAACAUAACAGGAUAUGUCUACAUGCCCGACCCUAAAGAACCAGGGAAGUUGAUAGUGCACUUGGAAGGAACUCCUUUUGACGCUCCUUGUAAGUAGAAAUAAAUAUGCGUCUUAUAUUAACAGCCUAACUUGGAAACGAGCAUACGGCUCUAAAAGUUUUUUGGAGUUUGACUUUUCAAGAAAGAGUGAGAAAUCAGUUGCCAACUCGUGAGAGCGUGAGUUAGGUCGUGAAGUCGCGAGACUGUGGUUAGUCUGUUUUUCGUUCCCAACCGACGUAGCACCAACUUUCUCCUAACAAUAUCCAUGAUCAUGAGAAAUAGUUAUCGGAAUUAGAAAAAUAGAGACCUUUAGAUUCAAGGACGAGGACGACUACGAGUACGAGAUUUGACUUCAAGUUUUUUCGCGUCUUCUCAAACUAUAGACUCCCCGGAAAGCUUCAUUUUACCAUUUUUCACCAGAAAAGUUAGCUCUGUUACCUUUAGUGAAGGAGGUUACACCCUCUCCCGAUCGCAAAAUGAUGAAACUUCUAACAUUCGAUAACUUGUUUUCCCCACUUUGACAAUCCGCUAAAUCUCGUAGUAAAGUGACGACGGCUACCAAGUUUUCCCGCCAAAAUGACGUUGGUUCACGCGCGAGCACUACUUAGCACUGAGAUAAUCUCGUACUCGUCUUAGAAUCUAAAGGUCUUUAAUGAUCACUAAAGGGGCAAUGCUCUGAUCCUUAUCAAGUUCUCUCACCUAAUUCUUUAAGGAAAUGAAGGGAGAUCACUCUGGAGAAUCUUUUGUUGUUACCGGGAUUUACAUUCGAAUUAAGGGUAUCGUAAUGUAUGUAUAAGGUGUAGUUAUGUUCGUGGACUCAAAACUUAGAACUAUAUGACUUUCAAGGAAAAGCAACGGACUAGAAUUUUACAGGGUUCACAAACUGUUGGUAAGGCAAGAAAGCAAAGCAAUGCCCNACUCCUUUUGACGCUCCUUGUAAGUAGAAAUAAAUAUGCGUCUUAUAUUAACAGCCUAACUUGGAAACGAGCAUACGGCUCUAAAAGUUUUUUGGAGUUUGACUUUUCAAGAAAGAGUGAGAAAUCAGUUGCCAACUCGUGAGAGCGUGAGUUAGGUCGUGAAGUCGCGAGACUGUGGUUAGUCUGUUUUUCGUUCCCAACCGACGUAGCACCAACUUUCUCCUAACAAUAUCCAUGAUCAUGAGAAAUAGUUAUCGGAAUUAGAAAAAUAGAGACCUUUAGAUUCAAGGACGAGGACGACUACGAGUACGAGAUUUGACUUCAAGUUUUUUCGCGUCUUCUCAAACUAUAGACUCCCCGGAAAGCUUCAUUUUACCAUUUUUCACCAGAAAAGUUAGCUCUGUUACCUUUAGUGAAGGAGGUUACACCCUCUCCCGAUCGCAAAAUGAUGAAACUUCUAACAUUCGAUAACUUGUUUUCCCCACUUUGACAAUCCGCUAAAUCUCGUAGUAAAGUGACGACGGCUACCAAGUUUUCCCGCCAAAAUGACGUUGGUUCACGCGCGAGCACUACUUAGCACUGAGAUAAUCUCGUACUCGUCUUAGAAUCUAAAGGUCUUUAAUGAUCACUAAAGGGGCAAUGCUCUGAUCCUUAUCAAGUUCUCUCACCUAAUUCCUUAAGGAAAUGAAGGGAGAUCACUCUGGAGAAUCUUUUGUUGUUACCGGGAUUUACAUUCGAAUUAAGGGUAUCGUAAUGUAUGUAUAAGGUGUAGUUAUGUUCGUGGACUCAAAACUUAGAACUAUAUGACUUUCAAGGAAAAGCAACGGACUAGAAUUUUACAGGGUUCACAAACUGUUGGUAAGGCAAGAAAGCAAAGCAAUGCCCUUGCCUCCACGAUGCACUGCUUAUGGCAGUCAGUAUCAGUACGUACAGGUUGCCCCGACGUACGUACAGGAAGCCCAGACGUACAUGUACUGUAUGCAAUACCAAUAACUAAUAAUACAGUAUAGACUGGAAAAAAAGAGUAUCGGAGCUAGAAUCGUACAUAUUAGACUGAAGAAGAAUAAAAAAUAUGUAACAGUUCAAAUGAAUACACUUUAUCUUUUUUUUAUCGGUUUUAUCUUUACCCUGCUUAAGUUUCAACUGACAUUUCCUCUGUUUCUCCUCGAAUUAGACUCUCAGUUUGGUGCCGCUAAAAAAUAUCUGAAUAUCUCCUUGCUUUUCCUGGCCUUUCCUGCUUUUCCUCUCAUUUUAUGUCGAGUUUCGCACUUGGGUAGACGCUACAUAAAAAUCUACCGCGAAAAUUAAAAUAGAAUGAUAUAAUGGUAAAGUUGUAUCAGAUUUGAGUGUUACAUAUUCGUUGAAUCUUCUUCAGCCGAAUAAGGUCAUCUCCAGCUCCGAUUCUCUUUUGCAAUUUAUAAUGUAUUAUCAUAAUUAAUAUUAAAUGUUAAUGUUAGUAGUAUUAUUACUUCUACUACUACUACUACUACUACUACUACUACUACUACUACUACUACUACUACUACUACUACUACUACUACUACUACUACUACUACUACUACUACUACUACUACUACUACUACUACUAUUGCUACUGCUACUGCUACUGCUACUGCGACUGUUACUGCUACUGCUACUGCUACUAAUACUACUACUGCUACUACUACUACUACUACUACUACUACUACCACUACUACUACUACUACUACUACUACUACUACUACUGUGUACAGACACGUUAGUAUUACAAUUUGUCUCGGACAUUCUUUUCUCUCCACAGACUGGAUUGUUAAGCUGGGGCCUGCAUCGUUCGGCGAGCAAAAUGAGUAUCAGUACGCUGUCGUCACAGACAACAUGCAGAUCCAGUUGUACGUGCUGGCGAGGGAUGUCAACGACUUCAGAAGCCAGUAUGAUAAAGAAGUAUUAAGCUGGCUGGCAGAAAAUGGCUUCACGAGGAUUUACAACAAGCCUGUAGCAACUGUACAGAACGAGAAAUGUCUCUACCCAGACAAAAAGUCUCUUUAUCAGUCGCUCGGAGAAUUUCUGGAACAGAAGUAGAUCGCAGUGGUUCCUACAGAACGGAGAGGACUAGCGGAUACCAAGUGACGCUUGAAUUCCAAAACGUAGAACGCAAAAAACGAAAAUACAAGGUGUCUAAAUCAAGCAGACAGUUUUGACAUUUAAAUAUUUGAUGAAGGUGAUUCUCGCUUAAGGAAACAA